GGGCUGUCGGCCUGUGGUGCGUGCGCUGCGGUGCGGGGCGGGAGCGGCGAUGGUGGGCUCCAGCGAGACCGGGAAGGAGUCGUGGCGGGGCCGCUACUACCGGCUGGAGGAGGUGCAGAAGCACAACAACAGCCAGAGCACCUGGAUCAUCAUCCACAACCGCAUCUACGAUGUCACCAAGUUCCUGGACGAGCACCCAGGAGGUGAAGAGGUCCUUAGGGAGCAAGCUGGGGGAGAUGCUACUGAGAACUUUGAAGAUGUUGGCCAUUCCACAGAUGCAAGGACACUGUCAGAAUCCUUUAUUGUUGGGGAACUUCAUCCUGAUGAUAGAUCCAAGCUUCAGAAACCAACAGAAACUCUUAUUACCACUGUUCAGUCUACUUCCAGUUCAUGGUCCAACUGGGUGAUCCCAGCAAUAGCAGCGAUUAUCGUGGCCCUGAUGUAUCGUUCCUACAUGUCAGAGUAAGCGCCUUACUGAGAAGUAAUGCAAGAAGAGAAUACCUUCUCUGGAAGAAAAUAUAAGCAAUCCUAACCCAAUAUGUUCCUGGAGAAAAGCCUGAUGUCUGAAGAAAAAUUCAAGUUUUUCAGAAAAUGAAACAAUUCUUUUUCUGCUGUGCACUUUUCUUAAUGUUGCCUUCUUAUAUGCUGCUGUGAAGUGAUAAAAAGGCACCAUUUCUCUUUUUGUAUAACACUUUUAUUCUCUAAUGAAUUACUUGAUAACUGUAUUGGUUUCUGCGGUAGAAUACUGUUUUGUAUGUAACACUGAUUCUGGUUAUUUCUCUUUAAUCUGUAGUAGGGUCAUUAGGACUCUCUUUACUUAUACAUUUUACAGCUUUAAAAAACUACCAAAACUGUGUACAUGUACACAACUUAACUUAAAAAAAUCAUGUUGUCUUUUUAAAUGUAGUAUG